UGCUUCAGCGAGGAUGAUUUUUACUGUCCCGUCUGCCAGGAGGUGUUCAAAACGCCCGUGAGGACUGCGAACUGCCAGCAUGUGUUUUGCAGGAAGUGCUUCUUGACAGCUAUCAGAGAAAGUGGAACACAUUGUCCUCUCUGCCGGGGGAGCGUGACUAAAAAAGAAAGAACAUAUCCCAAAAGGGCUCUAGAUGUUGAAAACAGUAUGAAGAAAGCUUCUGGGGGCUGUAGAUGCUGUGAGAAGCAGGUUAGAUUUUCGUGGAUGAGACAGCAUUAUAAAACGUGUAAGAAGUAUCAGGAUGAAUAUGGUGUUUCUUCUAUUAUUCCAAACUUACAGAUUUCCCAAGACUCUACAGGGAACAGUAGCAGGAGUGAUGCAAUAUCUGAUAAUGGCGAGAUGGCUAAUAAUCAAAUACUUCAAGGAGAAACAAGUGGACAUCCAACCUUCAAAUGCCCCCUCUGUCAGGAAGCCAAUUUUACCAGGCAACGCUUGCUGGAUCACUGUAAUAAUAGACAUCUUUAUCAGAUAGUUCCUGUAAUCUGUCCUAUUUGUGUGUCUCUUCCUUGGGCAGAUACUAACCAGGUGACUAGGAAUCUUGUUAGCCAUCUAAAUCUAAGACACCGGUUUGACUACGGAGAAUUUGUGAAUCUUCAGCUUGAUGAAGAAGCCCAAUACCAAAAUGCAGUUCAAGAAUCCUGUCAUGUGAACUUUUAAAGUAUAGCUCCCCUUCAUCUCACUGGUUAUCUGAGAGAAAAAUCACAU